AUGGACCGUACCCUCCCUUAUAACCGUAUGUGUGGGUAUAACUCGGAUGACGAGGGUCCGGAGGAAGAAUUGGAUGAGGAUGGGUUGACUGCGCAAGAAAAUGAAAUCUACAAGAAGGUGACUGGCAAGGAGAGAGGGCCACCGUUGUUUAGGGAUGUGAGUCUUGCGGACAAUGCCGUCGUUGAUGGUGGGCUGAGAUUCGGGUUGUCUGAGCCAACACCGUGCCCCAAAUUCAGUGAUCCUCGACUAGAAAAUGAGGAUGAGAAUGCUCAUUUGAAGAAAGGCAUCAAGUUUGGUUCUUUGGUAGAGUUCAAGAUAUGGUUGUGUGACUAUGCCAUUAGGAACCAUAGGCCGUUUGUUGUUGGUCAUUCAAAUCAAAAAGUUCGGUACACAGUCAAAUGUGACCAAGAAGGUUGCAAAUGGAUGGUCCGCGGUAGAAAAAUCAAAGAAACCGGGCAAUGGGUGUUGAAGAAUCAUGUUGGCACUCACACGUGCGUACCCCCGGACAAGGCCGACCGAAGUAAAGGACACCGUCAACUCAUGUCUAAGUAUCUAGGAUACAAAUUGUUGAAUCAAAUAGCACAUGAUCCAACCGUGAAGGUCAAGUUUCUCAUGUCUUCGAUUGAGGAACUUUUCGGAUACCCGGUCAAGUAUGGGAAGGCAUGGAUGGCGAAGGCAAAUGCUAUUAGGAUGUUGCAUGGUGAUUAUGAGGCCGCAUAUAACAUUCUGCCCAAGAUGUUGGCAGCCAUUGCUCAUCGAAACCCGGGAAUGUGCCAUCGGGUGGAGUCAACUGACGGAGUGUUUCGUCAUGCCUUCUGGAGCUUUGGACAAUGCAUUGAGGCCUUCACGUAUUGUCGCCCGGUCUUGUCUAUAGAUGGUACAUUCUUGACCGGCAAAUACAAGGGCACAUUGAUGGUGGCGAUGGCCCACUCUUCAAAUGAUAAUGUGUUGCCGGUGGCAUUUGCCUUGGUGCCUUCGGAGCACGAUGAUAAUUGGGAGUGGUUCAUGGGGCAUGUGAGAACCAAGGUGAUAGGCAAGCGAGAGGUAUGCAUUAUAUCGGAUCGCCGUCAUGGGAUUCUCAAAGCAAUAGACGUUGAUAUUCCCGGUCUUCCAAAGCUUCAACACCGUUGGUGCAUGAGACACUUUGUUGCAAACUUUUACCGGGCAUGCAAGAGCAAGGAGUUUUGCAAAGACCUUACCCUUGUUUGCGUUGCAUUCAACACCGACAUAUUCAAAAGCCGAUAUGAUAAACUCCUCAAGGCUUUGGAGAAGAACAAAGGGGGGAAAGAAUUCUUGCUUAGGCACGAGCCGGAUAAAGAAAAGUGGUCACGCGCUUACGAUGAAGGAGGUAUGCGAUAUGGGGACAUGACAAGCAACAUGGUGGAAUGCUUCAACAAUGUGUUGAAGGGUGUCCGUUCCUUGCCGAUGACUGCAAUACUCAAGUACACUUUCAUCAAGCUCAACGAGUACUUCCUAAAGCAUUCUGAAAGCACGGCCAAGUGGAUUGGCGAAAAGAUGGACUAUCCAUUAAAGGUUCAUGAUUGGUUGCUGCAUCAAGCGCGCAAGUCUUCCAAACAACAAGUGAUCAAAUAUAAUGAAAAAGAAAUAUCUAUCAAAUCGAUGAGCCGGGUGGGACAACAAGGGAUGGUAGGUCUUAUGGUGGAGUUGCUUACGAGGUGCGUCUGA